AUGCAUCUUUUGAAACUCGAGCACAUAGUCAUCAUGAUGAAGCAACGGGGUACAAGGACCCCCCACUACUUGCGAAUAUGCAGGAGCAAUUCAUGCAUAAAAACCGCUUACAAGAAUAUGCUCAAAGGUCAUCCAUACCUUUGCCAAUAUAUCAAACUGUUAAUGAAGGGCAUCCAUAUGCAUCACAAUUUAGAUCUACUGUUCUGAUAGAUGGAGUGACAUUCAUGUCAUCUCGGACAUUUCCUCGUCGAAAAGAAGCAGAGCAAGACGUGGCAAAACUUGCUCUUGAAGGCAUAUCUAGGAAGAUAAAGGAUGAAGGAAUUCCCCUAAUUCAUGCAGAUACUACAUUCUGCAAGUCUAUCCUUCACGAAUAUGCAGUGAAGAUGAAUAUAGAGAAGCCUGCAUACACAACAUCUCAAUUAGAAGGGGUGCUGCUUCCUUCUUUUAUAUCAUCUUUGGUUUUUGAUGGAAAAACUUAUACAGGUGCUGCAGGAAGAAACAAGAAGGAAGCAGAACAGAUUGCUGCACGUGCUGUUAUUCAAUCCAUCUUAGCUCACUCUGAUACAAGGAUUAUCAUGUCUGAAAUUGUAAAAUCCAAGGGUAAAUUGUAUGCUGCAAUACAAAAGAACAAUGACUCAGGUUUAUCACAUCUGGGAAAUGCAGCCUCGGGACAGCAGGCAAGGAAUGACUCUAGUGGCAGUACUGUGAAAAGAAAAAAAAUUCAGGCUGCCCCAGCAAAUGACGACUUAGCUGGUGUUGCAAAUCAUAAGCAAUUGCUCUUGGGGCAACGUCCUGCUGCUGCAGAGACAGAACCACUUCUUGAAGCUAAGAAACCUAUAGAAGAAUAUCCAUGCGAACAAAGUUUUGGACCAAUUGGAGGGGGCACAUCACCGCCAGUUCUUUCACAAGAUGUUCUACCUUCAGGAUUAAAGAGGAUUGUGUUCGAGUCAUCUGAUGGAUCUUAUCAUGCUGAACAAAACCAGAUAAAUGAUCUGGAUGGGCCAUCUAUGCAAUCCUAUGAUGCUCAAUACAGGUUCCUAGUAGCCAGAGAAAGCGCUCGAGGAAGAAGCAGAAGAGAGGACAUCAACACAGGAAAGCACGGACUGAACAGUAUGGAUUAUAUAAUCUAUUAUGGCAUAAGUAACUUUAUUUCUUUCUUUUACUACUGCGAUGCAUGACUCAGAUUCUUCUGUCUUUGGUUGAAAUUUAGUUCUUAACCAGUUUUGUUUAACAGGUAAUCACACAGUCCAAACAAGAUAAUCUAUUUAUACUAUUCAUAAAUUUUAUAACCAUAAAUGAGAAAAAUAAUCCACUCUUGGAAGAGAUUUGUCUCCUUUGAUCAGUUCCUUGUAGAAAUAAUUCAGCUCUUUAUUUCAUGUUGUAUCAACACAAGUUUUGGAAGAGCAAAUAGUUUGUCUAAUGAAUGGGGAUGA